AUGGAGUUGCCAGUUUGGCCAAAGCCAGAUGGGAGGAAUAGGGUGGUGACAACAAGCUGGCUUUGCCCAUCUCAUUGGCACGCUACGAAUUUGUGCGCUGAGGUUAUUCACCAGCGUCUUUGGCACUUAUCGGAACUCAAGAAAGAAGCGGGUACCUACACGUUAGAUGAAAGUCCAUUUGAAGCGCGCAUAUGCAGGGCCUUCGAAUUAUCACGAUGGCUAGCAAAACAUUAUCCGAGCAAGUCUAGCCGCUGGACGCCAACACGUCUUGUUGGUGCUAACAGCGGAGGUGGCGAUGUUAGCGAGGGAGGCGAUGAGAAAACUCCACGAACGCGUCGACGAGACGCUCGACGCGCUGCCCACCGCAGCCAGAAGGGCUCACGACUCACCCAGGAGGAUGCGGUUGAGACCGGUGGCGAUUCUGCCCACUGGUCAGCUUCUCAAAUCGCCAAUCAGUUUCUGCACAUUACUGGAACCGAAGCAAAACAAAUAUCUGAGAUGAUCGAAUCCUGGCGUCUAACCGAUCGCCAACGCCUGCUAGACACCGCAUUGUCUCUGAGCGAACUGAGUGCCUUUAGCGGCAUAGAAAACACUCGGAAGUAUUCACUCCCGCCCCCGCCACCGCCACCACCACCCUUGCCCCCACCACCACGUCCCCCCGAGACAUACCGGUUGCAUUCGCAGAGUCGUGCUCAAACCGAGGAACCCAGACGCGAGACUAUUGAGUCUUCGAAGGGGUCCUCUGUGCGUUUCCUUGGCUUUUGGAAGCGUCUAGAGGCGAAGAAAAAACCCCAGCAACAAGGAGAAGGGAGAGUGCAAGAAGAGCUUGGAAACGGAGAGUCCAAGCUCCAGCAGGUGGCGACAACAGCGGCGGCGUUAGAAGAGGAGAGAGAGUUGCUUGAAGUGGCUGCUGAACUGAAAUGGCUCAUCUCAGAGGGCAGUCGUCAACUCACGGAGCUUUGCCGUGAAGAACAGCGUUUGACCGGUCGACUGCCUGUGGAGUGCAUUCCGGAGUGCAAAGCGGGUCACUCGGCAGGCCCGUUGACAGUGAUCACGCGAUCUAUAACCUGUCACAGUCCCAUCAGCUUUCCAACUGACUCAUCAAUCACACCACGAUCAGCGAUAUCUGCCGCAGCAGUUCCACGCAAAUUCUCCGAUACGACGGUUUCGGUGAAGGAGUCCUGGUCACUUAAGCGGCUUCCGCCGACGGCCACCAACCGCUUUGACUCGGCGAGGAGCACCACCAUCUCCUCCACUAUGUCAACUUCAAGUAUGUCGAAACACCGAGAGCAGCACGAUGGUCCACAUCGACAGAUACAUCCCCACACGAAUGAUCAAAAGUCGAAGGUUGGGAGUUAUGUGCAUCUGCCAUUGCAGAUUUCGGAUGGUAGGGGAGUCUAUGAGACGGGCAAUUGGCCCAGUGAAAUGCAGACAGACUCUCGGCAGGUGCAGUCCAGACGAGGAGCAAUAGUCCUUCCUGAAGCCUGUCGACAAAGUUCGGAACCACCAACGGUGGCUAAGGCAGGUGACAAUAAUUUUCUCUUAUUAGAGCUUCGAAGUGGCAUGCCUUGCGUAUAA